ACCAGGUCGCUUUGUAACCCACCAUCCACCACACGGAGAAGUAGUAGUACUAUUAGUGGUAAUAAUAGUAGUACUUUGACCAUUCCGACCCACCAGACGGUCACGCGUGGGAUAAUGGAUGUAAUUAACUUCAGCUAACGUUCGUCAUCUUGUGGGCUACAUACACAAGAAACAGGCUCAUUCUCUCUUACGGAUGUUUAUUAGCCCAACGGUUCAUUAGCAGUCAUUUCAGGACUGUGCCGGACUUUGGAUGGAGUCAGCAUUUUUAUGGUCUUGUGUAGUCACAGCAAGGGACCUCAGGGUUCGGGAUUCAGGCCAUCCCGCACAUCAGAGAGAGAAGAAUGGUCAAGUAUUUUUGUAGUAACACAGACAUCAGGAGUACGUGGGACCAUGUUGUCUCUGCUUUUUGGCAGAGGUACCCUAAUCCAUACAGCACCCAUGUUCUCACAGAGGACGUUGUGUACCGGGAGGUGACUGAGGACCACCGGCUCCUCACGAGACGCCUCCUGAUGAAGACCAAUCGGUUGCCUCGUUGGGCGGAGCGGUUCUUCCCCGGCGGCAUGUCUCGCUCUGUUUACGUCAUCGAGGACUCCAUCGUGGACCCUGUCAACCGGAGCCUGACCACCUAUACCUGGAACCUCAACCACACAACUCUCAUGUCGGUGGAAGAGCGUUGUGUUUUCCAAGACUCGGGGGAGCAGCCGGCCACCACCCAGCUGAGACGGGAAGCGUGGAUAUCCUCAAGUAUUUACGGCUUCUCCAGACCUAUUCAGGAGUUUGGAUUGGCCCGUUUCAAGAGCAACCAGGUGAAGGCCAUGAAGGGGCUGGAAUACGCGCUGUCUAACCUACAGGGAGAGACGUCCCAGCGGCUGCUCAGGGACACAGUGAAGGACGCGUCGGAGAAGGCCAAGGAGGCGGCCAAGAACCUGGCGUCGGCCGCCGCCGUCCCACAGAAGCCCCAGCAGUUCGUCUGACAGGACGGGUGACGUGAACGCAGCACAAAGCCUAUUUGAGUGACUUGACCACAGUGGAGUUUUUCGCUAAUCUCUCUGUUUAUUGUCUUAAAGGCGGGGACACACGGGAGGCAAAAAGCACCGCAAAGCGCCACAGUGGGUCCGUUUGCACACGAGCAGCAGCCUACCUGUUCAGUGUACAAAAACACAAUCUCUGAUAGGCCG